AUGACAAUGUACUACUACCCAAUGUACCACUUACCACUUCCGAAUGACAACGUACCACUGCCUAGUGACAACGUACCACUGCUGAAUGACAACGUACCACUGCCUAGUGACAACGUACCACUGCUGAAUGACAACGUACCACUGCCUAGUGACAACAUACCACUACCGAAUGACAACGUACCACUGCCUAGUGACAACAUACCACUACCGAAUGACAACGUACCACUGCCUAGUGACAACGUACCACUGCUGAAUGACAACGUACCACUGCCGAAUGACAACGUACCACUUCCGAAUGACAACGAACUACUACCAAAUGACAACGUACCACUGCCUAGUGACAACGUACCACUGCUGAAUGACAACAUACCACUGCCUAGUGACAACAUACCACUACCGAAUGACAACGUACCACUGCCUAGUGACAACGUACCACUGCCGAAUGACAACGUACCACUGCCGAAUGACAACGUACCACUUCCGAAUGACAACGAACUACUACCAAAUGACAACGUACCACUGCCUAGUGACAACGUACCACUGCUGAAUGACAACAUACCACUGCCGAGUGACAACAUACCACUACCGAAUGUACCACGUACCACUUCCGAAUGGCUAUCAUGA